AUGAUUUUUAUUUUGUUAAAUAAAAGUCCUUGGCGUAUUGUGGAUGAUUGUGGUGGUGCAUUUGCUUUCGAGACAAUUGGUGGUACACCCACACCCUCAAGAGAAUUUUCAAUAAUGAAAUUAGUUUAUCAUAAAAAUAUUAUUUCACUAUUAAAUGCAUUUACACCAUUAUUAACAUUAGAUGAUUUUAAUGAUGUUUAUAUUGUUAUGGAAUUAAUGGAUGCCAAUCUUUGUCAAGUUAUUCAAAUGGAUUUAGAUCAUCAAAAAAUAUCUUAUCUUCUGUAUCAAAUGUUAUAUGAAAUUAAACAUCUUCAUUCAGCGGAAAUUAUUCAUAGAGAUUUAAAAUUUUUAAAUAUUGUUGUUAGAUCAGAUUGUACAUUAAAAAUUCUUGAUUUUGAUUUAGCUAGAACAGCCAGUACUUCAUUUAUGAUGACUCCUUAUGUUGUUACUGGAUAUUAUAGAGCACCUGAAGUUAUUCUUGGAAUGGGUUAUAAAGAAAAUGUUGAUAUUUAG